AUGGACAAACUCGCCCCGAUCAACUCACCCCCGACUCGCUCCCACUCACCACCAGCUCACCACCUUCUUUUUGUCCUCUUCAUUACCAUCGCCACCCUCUUCGCCUCACCCGCCGCCGGCCAAACCGAGAUCCGGUCCGGUUUCCAAGCCACCCCGGACCAAUCAAUCUCGUCGUUCCAACCGAUCCUCAAAGACCCAACGGGGAAUUUCUCACUCGGCUUCCUCCGAGUCAACUCGUCCCAGCUCGCUCUCUCCGUCCUCCACCUCCCUUCCCUCCAACCCAUCUGGCAGGCCAACCCGACCCCGCCCUCGCCCAGCUGGUCGGACCGGACCCGGCUCUCCUUCAGCGGCCGACUCGUCCUCUCCGACUCCCGCCGGGGCGUUAUCUGGUCCACCACGGGGACCGAUCCAACCGAUACGGUCGUGCUGCUGAACAAUUCCAACUUACAGGUGAAGCGAAACGACGCCGUUUCAGCGAGAGAGGUGGUAGUCUGGCAGAGCUUUGACUUCCCCGGAAACACCCUCGUGGAGGGGCAGAACUUCAGCUCCGGCGCCGCCGCCUUGGUGGCCGCCGGCGGACGGUACGCCAUGCGGCUGGGAGACGACUUCAUGGCGAUGUACGCCGACUUCGACGGAGGUGGGGUCCCCGAUCGGAUCUACUGGAAGCACAAGGCGCUCGAGGCCCGGGCCGACGUGGUUCCGGGUCGAGGUCCGAUUCGCCUGCGGGUCGAACCGGAAGGGUUUCUCGGGAUGUACCAGAACGGGUCGGGUACUACCCCGGUCGAUGUUCAGUCGUUCAACAGCUUUCGUCGACGGGUCGGUGGCGGGUUCUAUAUCGUCCGGAUCGAACCGGACGGGAACCUAAAAGGUUACAACUGGGACGGAGCCAGCUGGGUUCUCGAGUACCAGGCCGUACCGGAUGGGUGCGGCCUGCCCGACCCGUGCGGUUCGUACGGGCUGUGUCGCCCAGGAGGACCCACCUGCUCUUGUCUCGAUGAAACUGACGAGACCCGUUCGAGUCGACCGACCGGUGGUCAGUGUUUGCCCGCACCGAAGGGCAACUUCUGCGGUCAACGAGAUGGUUUUCGAGUCCUGAGGAGAGUCGGGGUCGACCUUCCGUUCAAUAAGGAGCUGAUCGGCUACGUAAUGACCCCGUCGCUCGAGGAAUGCGAGGGCUCGUGCGAGAGGAAUUGCACGUGCUGGGGCGCGGUGUACAACAACGCGUCCGGAUUCUGUUAUCUGGUGGACUACCCGAUCCAGACGAUGUUGGGUGUCACGGACCAGAGCAAGUUCGGGUACUUUAAGAUAAGAAAUGAUGAGGCCGGUUCGAAAGCCCGCAAGAAGAAGAAGACGGGUUCGGGUGCACGGGUCGGGCUCGUGUUCUUGUGCCUAUCGGUCUUGGUCCUGGGUGGAGCGGUUGGGUUUGUGGGUUUUAGGGCUUGGAAGAAGAACCUGAGAGGGAGGAACCGGAUAUUGGAAGAGGAUGAAGGGGUAUCGGCCCCUGGGCCGUAUAAGGAUCUCGGUUCGGAUAGUUUUCGGUCCGUAGAGAUGGGCGAGAGACGGUGA